AUGGGUGUGCUGAAAUUGUUGGCGGUUGUCGUCGUCGUCGCCGCCGCCGCCGUCGCCGUCGUCGAUGCCCAACACGGCACCGUCGGUCGCCCGUGCGAGGUGUCGACGGACUGUGGAACCGGCAACUAUUGUGCCGGCAACAAACGUUGCGCAUGUCUCACCACCUAUGUCGAGAUUGACUCGUACUGUUGGAGAAAAAUUAAUCCCGGCGAGUCGGGAUGCACACAGAAUCGGCAGUGCGAAGCGGUUUGGCCUGGAGCCUAUUGUCGAUCGGGCGAAUGCCGAUGUGCCAACAAUCAGCCGCCAUUCAGAACCAGAGAUGGAUUGGUCUGCCUUAACUACGGUUUCUGCCCAUUGAACGGCAACAAUCCGAAAUUCCGCAUCGAAAACCAAGUUCAACAAUGCUACGGUGGCGCCGACGCCACCUGCGAAGCCAUCGGCGCUCUCGCCUAUGACUGCAUUUGCGAUUCGGACGAUUGCACGGUGAACAACCCGAUCAGCUUCUGUUGUCCGUCGCGAGCGUUCGCCUGCAUCCAACCGCCCAACGAGGGUUACACACCGCCGGGCGGCGGCACCACUCUUAACCAUUGGUACCACGAUCCGAUCACCGGUGAAUGCCGUGAGCUCAAAUAUCAAGGAUACGGAGGAAAUGCGAAUAAUUUCCAGACGAAGGACCACUGUGAAUCCUAUUGCAAACAGACUUGCAAUCGUGGUCUUCCAUUGUAUCGCGAUCGGACCACUGGCGUCAAGCAGGAGCCAGUGUACUGUCAGGGCAAUGAUAAUGGUUGCAAUAACCCGAACUAUCAGUGUACCACAAUGGGAACUCUUCAACAAUGCUGCCCCACAUACUUGUUCAUCUGCUCUCGCAAUGGUGGCAUUCCGACAGAGGUCUACAACACCGCCGGCGGACUUCCGACCGAAUUCUUCGACGUCGGAAUUCCGGAUGGUACCGGCAACACCUCCCCGAGAUUCUAUUAUGAUUCGCGCGAGGGACGCUGCAUUCAGUUCUCGUACCUCGGACAAGGCGGCAACUUCAACAACUUCCUCUCGCAGGAUCACUGCGAGAAAUUCUGCUCGAGAAUUUUGUGUUCGGCCGGCGAGCCGCUCAAAGACUCAUCCGGCGAGCGCAACAUGGAGUGCUCGCCGACGGGCUCCGGCGCCAACUCGUGCCCAUCGACGCACUCGUGCGAAUCGACGUCGGGCUCGACGACGUUCGGCGGCGUGUGCUGCCCACGUCCGCAGUACGUGUGCAAAUUGCCGCGCGAGCAGGGCAAUUGCGGCACCUACUCGAAUCGUUGGUGGUUCAACGCGAAGACCGGCAACUGCGAGGAGUUCAUCUAUUCGGGUUGUCAAGGCAACGCCAACAAUUUCGAGACGUACAAAGAGUGCCAGGAUUAUUGUCGCGACGCGCGAAGCGAGCCGCAGUGUAUUCAGGGCACCGCGCUCACCGACUCCAACGGCAACUUCAUCAUUUGCGGCGGCUCGUCGGCGGCGUCGACGACGUGCCCCGCCAACCACUAUUGCUACUACGACGGCACCACCUACGGAUGUUGUCCGACGCAGGCGUACACGUGCUCGCUCUCCUACAAAUCGGGAGCGUCUUGCGGUCCGGCGGUCACCCGCUGGUACUACGAUUCGACGACGCGAACAUGUCAGACCUACUCGUUCAAUGGAUGCGACGGAAACUCGAACAACUUCGCCACUCAGCAGGACUGCAAAGACUAUUGUCGCGUCGAGUCGUGUCCCGACGGCGGCGAAGUGUGGAAAGAGCAGAACGGAGCGGCGCGCGCGUGCACCACCAAUCGGCAAUGCCCGUCGACGCAUUAUUGUACGCCGGUGACGACGUGGACCGGCACCGUCUACCAGACGAAAUCAUUGUGUUGCCCGUCGAAGAAUUUCGUGUGCUCGCAACCGCGAGACGUCGGCGUUCGGUGCAGCAGCACGCGAAUCACACGCUGGUACUUCAACGCCGACUCGAAGACGUGUCAGACGUUCGAGUACAACGGAUGCGAGGGCAAUCGCAACAAUUUCGCCAGUCAGAAAUCGUGCCAGAACUAUUGCCUAUCGGAAGCGUGUCCGCCGGGAACCGUCGUCGCCAAAGACGGCGACGGCAGUCGUUUGGUGCAAUGCAGCAAUCCCGGUGGCAACGGACGAGUGUCCGGUGGUUGUCCGGAUGGCUACACGUGCUAUUCGUCGCCGCUUCUCGAUCAGAAUGUGUGUUGCGGCGCUUCAACUGAAUUGCAGUCCCUCUGUCCGGCCUCGUCGACGCCGUUCAUCUCGGCGCUCUCCCUUCAGCCAAUGCAAUGCACACCGAAUGUCGAUGGCGCCUGUCCGGGCAACUUCUUCUGUUGGUUCUCGACGACGACGACGUCGGUGAACGCCUUCUAUUGUUGCCGAUCGCCUGACAGCGUUGAUACCGGAUACUGCCCGCCACAAUUGGUGCCGGUGCCUGGCGAGAACGGCGCCCAGUACAAAUAUUGUUCGCCGUCGGCGCCAUUGAAUGACGCGAUCCAGGGUUGCGGAGCGAAUCGGCACUGUCAGUUCAGCACCAAUCUUGAGCGAUACAUUUGUUGCGGUCUGGAGUCGGACGUGCGGCUGCCGAAUGUGUGCCCGCCGCAGCCGGCGAAUCUCGUGCCGGUUGAGUUGGCCGGAAAUUAUCGGACGUGCAAUCCGUAUGCUCGCGCCGGAACACCGCAAUCGUGUCCGGACAACUCGGCGUGUCUGUACACCGGCAACGACAACGGCUUCAUCUGUUGCCGAGUGCAAUUGGGCAACGGAAAAUCGUAA